GUUCUACGAGACGCCAAUCAAAGCUGAGGCGAUCCCGCCCUCUGCGUCACACGUCUUUCAAGUGACGUCAAUGUGUCUGCAGGUGUUGGAAGAGGCGCAGUAUUGGCGUAAGUGACGCUUGAAACGGCUUUUACGAUGGCUUCAGCUACAGAUAACCGUUAUGGACAAAAGGAGUCUUCUGAUCAGAACUUUGAUUACAUGUUCAAAAUCCUGAUCAUCGGGAAUAGCAGCGUCGGAAAGACAAGCUUUCUGUUUCGUUACGCAGAUGACUCUUUCACGCCAGCAUUUGUAAGCACAGUGGGCAUCGACUUUAAGGUGAAGACAAUCUACAGGAAUGACAAGAGGAUAAAACUGCAGAUCUGGGACACAGCAGGACAAGAGCGAUACAGAACCAUCACCACUGCCUACUACCGUGGAGCCAUGGGCUUCAUCCUCAUGUACGACAUCACCAAUGAAGACUCUUUCGCUGCAGUGCAGGACUGGUCCACACAGAUUAAGACAUACUCGUGGGAUAAUGCCCAGGUACUACUAGUGGGCAACAAGUGUGAUAUGGAGGAUGAGAGGGUCGUUGCCUCUGAGAGGGGCAGACAGCUCUCCGAGCACCUCGGUUUUGAGUAUUUUGAAGCCAGUGCCAAGGACAACAUCAACGUCAAACAAACCUUCGAGAGGCUGGUAGACAUAAUCUGUGAGAAGAUGUCCGAGAGCCUGGAUGCUGGCGAUCCUGCAGUGACGGGAGCCAAACAGGGACCCCAGCUCACAGAGCAACCCGCCGCUCCGCACCAGGACUGCGCCUGCUGAAAUAAAACCCAGAUUUAUCUGCACUGCCUUGCACCAACACAAACAAACAAGUUUAGGUAUUUAAAAAAGAAAAAGAACAAGGAACAUAAAACCCUCUAUCUCCCUUCAUGUUUGUUCUAGCUCCUUUUAGGGCUGCCCCUUAGCUCCACCCCCAUUAAUGAAUUUUGACAUCUCAAGCUUCGAUAAGGUUUAAUAAUUCACAUGCAGUUCAAGAAAUUUAAAGAUAAGGAAAGCCAUAGUACCCUUCGAGGGGUUUUACUUAGGCUUAAAAUUUUAAUGUUGAUUUUUAUAAACCUUAUAAUUAGGCUAAAGUUUAAAUUUUAGGAAAAAGACCUCCAGGCAGCAGAUGACUCCGGGGCAGAUUCGCACCAGAUCCGGCCCAGGGUCGUCUGCUGUCUGGGCCACGUUAUGUUUUUGCCUAAUGCUGCGUUUACACCAGCCGCGGUAGAGGCGUCAAGCGCGAGUGAUUUCAAUGUUAAGUCAAUGUGAAGACGCGUUGACAUGCGUCUGGAGGUCUCGCGGCGCGAAUAAGGCAUUUAGCCCGGCGCGGUAGACCCGAUUCCGCCUCAUGCGCGCGUCUAGUUCGCACGAAUUGAGCGUUUCUGCGGCAAACGCGCGAGUUGAAAAAUUUUAACUUUGGCGGAAAAACGCGCCGCGUUAACCAAUCAGGAGCUUGCUUUAGUAGUGACGUGAUUACAGAAAGCGAGCGGAGUCGCAGAAGCCCCUCCCAUGACGCGAAUUUCCGCGUGAAUGUCUCGAUGACUAGAAUUUCACGCGCGGCCUUUACGCGCGAAUGAAGCGAGUACACUCAAACUGUUCAAGCGGCAAACUACGCAUGGUAGAUGUGAUUUUGACGCCUCAAACACGGUUGGUGUAAACGCAGCAUAAGAGAAAGUCAGGUUUUAAUUCCUCAUAGCAUUUCUUUUUCAGUUUUUAACGUUUGUGUCUGCACACACAUAAUCUCUGUUAGAGCCGUCAUUUCAGGUUUCUUUUAUUCCCUCUCCUUGGAUUAUUUAUGAACAAAUUUAAAAGAGGAACAGGAGAGAUUUCUGUAUAUUUAUUCAGAUUAUGUACAUAAUAAAUACAGUGCAGUAUUUAAAUGAUACGGUUAGAAAUGCAUAUCUAAAAUGUUUAUUAUCAUUUUUUUUAAUGACCAGUUCACAAAAAUAUAAAGUUAGAGUAAAAGUCAGAUAACGCUGUUUUCACUUUGCAGUGCUUGUCACAAAACCUUUCUUGCUUAUUUGUAUCUGUGAUGUAUUAAUUGUUCACUGCCUUGCCUCAUGUUAUUUCAGUCAGGAGACUGAAACCCAGAAUAUCAUACACAAACAUUCCUUAAUGUAAAUUGCAUGGAAGGAAAUAAAGCCAUUUAGGCAAAUAGUGGUAGGAUUCCUUUCUAACCGCAUUGUUAGGUCUAGUCAAGUGUAUUUCUAGUCAAAAUCUGAGUUUAAUUUGUGACCGUGCUGUUGCUUCCUUAAAUGUAGCGACAGAGGCAUUAAUAUCGACAGUACUUAUAUUAUAUCUCAACAUUUAGCAAAAGUUACUAAGAUUUGACUAGCAUUUCCCAUAAUGACUCUAUAGAUUGGCGUGUCCUUGUGUAAGAUUUUAUGUGGCAACAGGCCUGCAACUAUAACGCAAAAAAAUAUUCAUCAGCCCUCGAGUAUAAACGUUUACAUGUGUAAGAUCCUCCCAGAUAUUCCUGCAUCUUUCCUUUGCGAUUCCGUCUUCCUUUCGUGAAAAUUUAUUGUAAAUACGUUUGAGUCUUUGGUUUUACGUGUGGACCGUGUUGUAUCGAUCCUGGGCUUCAAAAAAACUUAAGAUAUGUGAAGAAAAUGGAUAUGAAGGAUGUACUUUUCCUGCUGUCGUGUAUGCCUGCUUGUGAAUGAAUGUGUCAGUUUAUUACAGAGCAAUAUUGAAGAAAAUACCUUUCAUAUGUUACAGAUUAGUCAACAUCACUCUGAUAGCAUUUCAUGAUGUGAAAGAAAUGUGAUGAAGUGGUUUAAAUACUGGUUUGAUUGUGAACCAAAGGAGGCUGAUAGACUGAAUAUCACAUCUGAUGUGGAGCAGGUUUACUGAUAUCCAAAACCUCAUUUUUCAAAUACUGAAUGCAUUAGUUGAACAUCACCUGUUAUUUAAUUAAUGUAAAUAUCAGAUGUUUAAAAGAUAUGGGCUUAAAUCUUUAUCAUCAUCAUCACAGGUCAUCCUGUACUGUAACCUGUCCACCAUCACAUCAGUUUAUCAUGAAAAGAUCUCAAAUUUGUUCUACAUUUCCUGCAUUUUUAUGUAUAAUUGUUUUUAUUUGUAUGUGUGCUGAUUAAUGCUUACCAUUGUGUUUUUAUUAUAAUUAUAAUUUUUUAAUGUUCCUUUAUCAGAUAUCAGAGUGUAAUGUAUGAGGAAAAAACACUAAUAUGCAGUAGUAAAUGUACUGUAUUUACAAUAAGGGGUUUGGUGUCAAAGUGUCCAGUUGUGAAAUUUACCAAAUCAACUGUCUAUGUUGUGAAAAUGACUGAAGUUAUAAAAAUAAAGGUUUGUGCUGUUUACCUCAGAA